CAAAGGAGAUGUCUCGGCCGAUAUUAAACUGUCGUCGCGUUUUUUUUUUUUUUUAGUUCAGUAUCGUGAAAAUCGUAAAAAAAACCUAGAAAGAAAUUGAGCUAGUUCACUGUGGCUCGUGCUCGUAUGACAUAUCAUUUUGGUAUACUGCUGUCCGCUUCUUACUGUAUACAAUCGAUAAGUUACUAAUGUUACUAUGACAUCAAUAAUUUACUGCUAAUCAGAAUAAGAGAUCCGGAAGAAUGGCUAAAAAAGGUGGGCAAGCAGUGCUUCAAGAAGAAAUAAACAAUGAUGAUGAUUGGACAAAAAUUAUAGAAAAACCGGGAAUGUACGUCGUUGACGUUUAUACAGAAUGGUGUGGACCUUGCAUACCGAUGACGGCAUACUUGAAAAAAAUUAAGUUGGAAUUAGGCAGUGAAAAUCUACAUUAUGCUAUAGCAAAAUCGGACAACAUAACUGUGUUAAAAAGGUUUCGACAAAAAAGUGAGUCAUAUUGGAUGUUUUUUUAUGAUGGGAAGUUAGUUAAUAUCAUUAUUGGUACCAAUGCUCCUAGGUUAAUGCAAUUAAUAGUGGAGGAGCUGGAACAGUAUGUUAAAUUUAAGAAUGGUGAAGUCCAAAGAGAGUUUAUAUCAUUGACUACAGUGACUAACGAGGAACAAAAAAAAAUAAUCGACAGUGAAAACUAUCAAAAACAGAAAACAAGGAAAGAAAAAAAAAUUAGAGAUUUUAGAAUGGUGAAAGUGAGAGAACAUUCUCUGAAACAAUUUUCGGUUAACAUACAAAUGCAAACAUGUGUUGUGUUUUUCCCUCACACGGUCAAGUGUAUUAUGGUGGAAGCACCAGUUGAAGAAGAUGUCAAAGAACUUGACAAACCUCCCGAACCUGCGAUGGUAGAAAAAACGGUAUGUGAAGUGGCCAACUUAUGUGCUAGUAAGUACGAGGAACUUAUUGUUAUCGAAGCUAAUGAAGUGGAGUUGACAGAAGAUAAUUUGAACGAGAUGUUUUUCAUGGAAAAAGAGUUUUUGGAAAGUUUUCCUCAAGAAUUGGUCGAACAACUGUUGAGUAAAAAAGUGUAUUCAGUAAUGUUGUCAAUGCCUAUUAUCAAACAUGAAAUUGAUGCCCAAGAAGUCGGCACAGAAGAUGAAAAUACAUCUGAGCCUAUCGACUUGAUGGGAGUUAUAGAGCAGAAGUUAAGCACAAUCAUUUAUGGCGACGGAACCCCAUUAAACCCUAGUCCGAGUUCGCUUGCAGAUGUACAUAAGAUAAUAAAUGAAUCUGGACAAAAAAUACCAUCGUUAUAUACCCCCAUAAAUCCGUUGAGUAAAGCUUCGGCGCUCACAAUUUUGUUCAACGAAUUCUGCAAAAAUAAUGGAUACAUUGCACCUCAGCCACCUUUACCACAGUACCUUGUCAUUUUUGAUAUCAACAAAUCCAACAUCGUGUUACCAAUCAUCGAAGAUCUCGAAGAAAAAGUCGUCCAUUACGGAUUUUUCCGUUGCGCUGAUCCUGAAAAACCCAAGCUAUUGUGCAAAGAUUCCGAAUUGUUAGCUACAUAUGGUACAGACAAAGUCGGUAAAGACGCCAAAUUAGUGUUGUCUGUACUCAGGGAUGACAAGGAUAAGAGUCUGCUGAGGUUCGUUGACGUUGGGCCGAAUUACGUGAGUCCAGAUCACGAGUCGGGCAUUGAUGAUGCUAUUAAGUUUUUCCCAUACGACUUCGACGAGUUGGACGGUGAAGUAAAGUUGUGGCUCGCCCAACAGGAGGUUCAAGAUGAAGAGGAUACAGGAGUUGAUCACGGAUUGGGCGAAGGUGAAGAAGGAGUAAUGGAAGAAGAGGACUCUCCACAAGAUCAGCCACAGGAAUCAGCGCAGUCAACCGUCGUGGGUAUAUAAUUAUACCGUUAAUAUUGUGUUCACUGUUCACCAACAAAUGCCGAUUGAAAGUUUGACUAUUUUCAAUUAAAUACUUUUUGAAAAACAUAUUUGAAUGUGUAUUUUGAACAAUUUUAUUAAUACCCAACAAAUUGUUAUAACAUGACACAUUUUUCGAAUUAAUUCAUUUGUAUAACUAUUACUAGAAAUAUUGUAUCUAUUAUAAAUACAGUAACUAUUUAAGAGAUUCUUCACUGCAACAGCCCAAAUUUUGAGUUUUUACACCAAAAUUUCACAAGAUUAUGUUAUCAUUAUGGAACGAAAUGUAAUCACAAAAACAUUUUUGUAACUUACAAGGAAGUUUAGAAUUUAAAACUUUAAUUUCGGGUGCUAGAGUGACGUCACCUCAAGCACCCCGGUACGCUUCAAAAUGAUUUGAUUGAUUCGAAAUUUUCACAAAAUGUUGUAACCAAAUUUUAUCCAAAAUUCGAGAUUCCUGACUUAAUUCAACUCUCGUUAAAACCGUUUUAAGCCGGCUGGUCAUCACAGUACGUCAUGCGUGUAAAAAGGUACGUAUCCUUCAAAAUGAUUCAAUAAUUGAAUCGAAAUGUUUACAAAAUGUUGUAACUAUUUUGUAACCAUAAAAUGUAAUUCAAUAUUCCAGAUACUUGGCUUAACUGUAAUCAAUUAAGAAUCAUUUUAAGUGAUAUAAACAUUUUAAUAUUAUAUAUGUACGUGUGUAUAAUUUAAAAAAAUAAAGUUAUACGUAAAAACUUUCAAAAUUAAUAAACUAAUAUUAAUAUUAAAAAAUAUAUUUUACACAUUGUAUAUAAUAUUAUACACAUGCACGUAUAUAGUAUUACGAUGUUUAUGUCACUUGAAAUAAUUCUUAAUUGAUUUAAGUUAAACCAGGUAUCUGGAAUGUUGGAUUACAUUAAGUUCCAAAAUGGUUACAAAAUGUUAUGAAAAUUUCGAUCAAUUAAGUCAUUUUGAAGCGUACCGGGGUGCUGAAGUCACGUCACGCAAGCACCCAAAAUUAAAGUCUAAAAUUCCGAACUUCCUGGUAAGUUAUAGAAAAAAAUUUUGUGGUUACAUUUCGUUACAUAAUGAUAAAAUAAUCUUGUGAAAUUUUGGUGUACAAAUUCUCAACUUGUGGUGCUGGAGUGACGGACCUCUAUUUAAGGCGGGUAAAUAAAAUAAUAUUUUUAAGCAACAUCUUAUUGUUUUAUACAUUCACUUUAAAACUUUAUAGGAUGAAUAAGUUACAAUUGCCGGUUACAAAUGUACAGACUGAUCUUUAAACAACUUACCUUUAUGUUGAUGUAUAUUAACUAUAUAAAGUAUAUUUUAAUUUCUAAUUAUUCAAAAAUGUAA